AUGAGAAGCGAUCAGGCGGAGUCUCAAUAUCCUUCUAAGGUAAAUUCCAUCAUCAGGAUCGGAAUUAUCGGCUUGAUCAUUGCCAACUACCAAAUCCGGUACUGGUUCUCACCAUAUCCCCCGAGCCACUGUUACUCUCAAGCAUUUUGUUAUUUAUGCUGUAAUUUAGCAUACAUGCCUUACUCGUCUACCAUUCAAGUUCAAAUAAUUCACUAUUGUAUUGGGCUUCGGAAAUUCAAAGGAACAAGUUUUUUUUUGAACUUGUUCUGUGUAAUCAGAAGGCUUAUCUCGUGUUCACCAGACGUUGGGCCGGUCCUGGCAUUCUAUGGUUCACCACAACAGCAGCAGUUGGCAGAUAAUGCCACUGUCUGUGACGGGGUUCACCACGGAACUGUUGUUCCUGCAGUAGUCGUUUUUCCACAUGAGCGUCGGGCCUUCAUAGCGUUCACCGCGUAUGGUCGUCAAGAUGGGCUGGUGCUUGAAUCGGUUCGGGUUCACAUUUUCGAUGUAGGACUCACCUCUUCCCCUAGGACCUAUGCCUUUGCUCCCUCAUUGCCUCUCCCUACAGCCUCCCUACAUCUCAAGUUCAUCCCCACUGUUGGUGUUACUGGCUUGCUUGUCAUUGAAAGGUCGGCCCACAUCCCUCAUGACAAUUCACGAACACAGCAUUGUUACACACUCAAAAACCUUGUGCGACACACUGCUCCCUGGAAAACUAUUGCCUUGUAA